GCUGACCGAACCGGAAGUUUAGCUGUUGUUGUCACACUGGAAGAAAAUGGCCGCCGCUCCGACUUUUUUUCAAUGAACACACUGAUGUUUCAAUUUCACUUCGUUUCCUCGCGCCGGAGCUACGGUCGACCGCUAUGCAACCUAGCAGGCAAGUCCACCCCGCUCGCCGAGGUUGACGUCGCUCUGUCGGUUUGUGCCUCAGACGACGUCACGUCGUUAGCGUAGCUCGGAACUUCAGCCUGUCCGAGAGGAACGGGCUAGCACGUUCACGUUAGCCGCGUUAGCCUCAACGGUCAGGCACCAGCGAGCUUGUUGCUGCUGCGCCGCUGUGUCGACCGGGAGAGUUCAUUAUCCCGAGGUCUACGACUUUUAACGACCCUCAGACCUGCUGUGCGUUUAUUUACUUUGCCGGAGCGCGUAAAAUGUAAGCAGACGGUGAAAGAACUUUAGUGAAGUCAGUCUUCUUAGCUGUUUGAGUCAGACAGGCUAUUUGACAUCGGUGUGUGUGACCUGCCAGCCACACUGAGUGUGUGUUAUUUCUCUGUGUAUACAUAUAUAUAUAUAUAUGUGUGUGUGUUGGCCGUGCUGCGUGCUCUACGUGUGCUGUGUUGCCGUGCAGGGUGUGAAUGGUCACUCUAGGAAGGUGACAGUGUGGGGCAGAAAGGACAGACAGCAUCGUCUACCGUCACUCGCCUUGCAGCUGGCGGUGGACCACAAUGCAACAAGUUUUGGAAUAUGCAUUGGAUCGAGCCGAGUACAUCGUUGAAAGUGCUCGACAGCGACCAGCUAAAAGAAGAAUAUCAUCCGGCGGGAGGAAGAGUUUAUAUCAGAAGCUUUAUGAGCUGUACAUGGAGGAAUGUGAGAAAGAGCCGGAGUUAAAGAAUUUGAGGAGAAAUGUGAAUCUGCUGGAGAAGUUGGUGUCUCAGGAGUCUGUGUCAUGUCUGGUCGUUAACCUGUACCCUGGGAAUGAAGGCUACUCUUUAAUGCUCAGGGGCAAAAAUGGAUCUGAUUCUGAAACCAUCCGUCUGCCAUAUGAAGAAGGAGAACUACUCGAGUACCUAGAUGCUGAGGAGUUGCCUCCUAUUCUGGUGGAUCUGUUGGAGAAAUCACAGGUGAACAUCUUCCACUGUGGCUGUGUAAUAGUAGAGGUGAGAGACUACAGGCAGUCUGGUAAUACCAAGAUGCCCACCUAUCAAAGCAGACACAUCCUUCUGCGGCCAACCAUGCAGACUCUGAUCUGUGAUGUCCAUGCCAUGACCAGUGACCACCACAAGUGGACACAGGAUGACAAAUUACAGCUGGAGAGUCAGUUGAUUUUGGCCACAGCUGAACCUCUGUGCCUGGACCCCUCCAUUUCUGUCACCUGCACAGCCAACCGCCUGCUCUACAACAAGCAGAAAAUGAACACUCGCUCCAUGAAACGGUGUUUCAAGAGGCACUCUCGGGCUGCGCUGAACAGGCAGCAGGAGCUGUCCCAUCUGCCAAUGCCGCCGCAGCUACGACUCUACGACUACCUACAGAGGAGGAAGGAGAGGAAACCCGCCCCUGUUAUAGACCUGAAGAUCUCAAAGAUUGGAAACUGUGUCGACAUGUGGAAGCAGAGCAACUGCCAACUAACUGUGCCGAAGGAAAUUGAUGUGGAAAAGUAUGCCGUGGUUGAGAAAUCUCUGCAGUUGGAAGACUCUCAGCCCACUACUGUGAUCUGGCCUGCUGAGGAAGUUGUCGAUGACUACACGUUUGAGUGUGAAGUGGGGGGCCAGGCCCAGAGGACCAAGGUGUCUAUCUACCAGUCGAUGGGAGACCCGCUGGUGUACGGGAAGAUCUACUGUGCUAAAGAACCAAAAGCCGAAGAGGACAACACAGACCUAAAGCUCAUACACCCCCCCUUCCUCAUAGGAUCAAAGAUCGAUGCAGACCGGUUUCUUAAUCAGUACAAAGGAGUGUAUGAGAGAGACGUGAAGUGUCAGGUCAAGAUGUCCCAUAACUCAGGCAUUGUGGGUCAGGGGCCUCCCUCCCCCAGCAAAGAUGAGGGCGAUGGUAUUUCUCCACUAGUCCAGACGUCUGUUUUAGGAAAAGGGGUGAAGCACCGACCACCUCCCAUCAAACUGCCUUCAGGAUCAGGCAGCAGCUCCUCAGGUAUGUCUGACAAAGGUAAUCCAUAUAGCUCACAAACCACCAGUGGUCUACACAAGUGUCCUACGCCCCCUCCAACCAAAAGCCAGUCUCUGAACAGGAAGCACUCCGUGGAGCUGGGCCAGGUGGGCCUGCUGUCGCCUGCUUCCCUCUCCCCUAUGGGCUCCACGCAGAGAUCGGGGACCCCCAAGCCAUCCACGCCCACCAACACACCGUGCUCGACACCGCACCCGGCUGACUCCCUUUCCGCUCCUCUCUCUGUGACCCCUACCCCUUCGGACCCUCCUAUGGUUCAGAGUCAGUCGCAGCCUGCCCUCCUCACACCCUUCGCUCAGCAGCAACUGGCCCUGAGCCAGCCCCUGCCCGUCAUGACCAUCCCCUUGCCCACCAUGGGUACGUCCAUCACCACGGGGACCACCUCGUCGCAGGUCAUGGCCAACCCGGCAGGGCUUAAUUUCAUUAACGUGGUCAGCUCGGUCUGUAGUCCUCAGACCUUGAUGAGUGCCUCCAACCCCAUGCUGGGUCCAGGCCUUAACCUGAGCGGAAUCCUGCCACCUGGAGGGUUGAUGCAGUCUGCAGCACAGACUGGGAGUCCUUUUGGCCUGAACAGCAGUGCUGGGUUGAGACCACUGAACCUACUGCAGAUCCCCACUGGUCCUCUCAUCUUUAACUCUCUGCAGCAGCAGCAGCUGUCUCAGUUCUCCCCACAGCAGAGUCAGUCGGCCACCUCCAGCCCUCAACAGCAGGGAGAGACGGGUGACCAGGGGUCAGAUCAAAGUUUAGGAAACCAGCAAACAGCGGUCAUCAACCUGGGAGUCGGAGGCUUCAUGUCUCCACAGGCAGCAGUGCUGUCCCAGUUGGGCUGUGGGCUGGACGGGUCUGGGCCCCCGCUGCCUUCUCCAAGGCUUCAGCAGCAGCACCAGCCACAGAUCCAAUUGCAAUUCUUGCAGCACCAAAUGCAGCAGCAGCAAAUGGCUAUGGGAGCAGCAGCUCCUCAGGGGGGAGCGCCACGGCAACAUACCGCCAGCCAACCAAGAAGUAAGAGGAAGAGGAGCAUGCCACAGCCCCUCCCAAAGUCAUGACAGACUGAGAAUCACACUCAGAACCCUUCCCCACCCAGCUACACGAGGACGCGAAUGAUCCAUACUGUGCUCUUUGUCUGCCUCACUGUGGAGACUGCAGACAAAAAAAGACUUUGUCCUUUCUGUGUGUCUUUUUCUAGCUGACAAAUUUGUAUGUAAUUGUCAGAGGUUUUGGAAAACCAAAACAGUGUCCGCCAUAGAGGAAGGAGGUUUUUAGAACAGGGAUCCCUACACUUAAAGAACCUUAGUGAUAUUUUUUGACAUGAAUCAUGACAAAGGCGGUUCUUGUAGGUAGCGGGCUUUCACAGUAACACUUUUCUCUAUGGGGGACCCCUGUGGACCGAGAGGAUUGUGAACGCACGUUCUCAGAGGAUUCCUCAUGAGCCUGCCUCUGCUUGGUUGAACCCCGGUAGAAACUGCCCUUUAAGCACGGAUCCCCCAACUGAGCUCAUCGACACCAAAUCCUCCACAGAACGUGAAAAUGCAAAAUCUGAUCUCGGAGCAGUGCCUGGGGGCAGCUCUCUACCUCUCAGUCUGUCGGAAGUCUUUCUUCUGUUAGCCAUCUCAGCACAGGGCUCAACCUGGGGGGCGACUCAAGAUCAACAUGCAAGACGGUGUACCUGCUUUUGUACAGCACAUUUUGAAAAGGUGUUUCCUUUUAAUGAGUUCAGGAGCCAUGAGCAUAUUCUUACGAGAUGUGUGUGUGUGUGAGACAUUUCUGGACACUGAGAAAUAAUUUUUUAAGCAGUCUUUGUCAGCAGUUUUAUUGUUAUUAAAAAAAAGAAUAUAUAUUGACAGUGGAAAAUACAGCUUUUAGAUAAAAAAAA